AUGGCACCCCGCACUAUUCUUAGCGCAACGCGUUCUCUCCGCACACCCAUGACCCUAUCGACGCGUCGUACCUUUGCAAUUACACAACGCAUGGGCAUUAAGGAAGAUGCCAACCGAAGCGCAGACCAGAUCGAGCAAGCCAAGCAGGACCAGCUCAAGGAACAGCAACAGGGACAGGGGCGAUGGCGCGAGGAUCUAGCCAGCUCUGGCGAAAGCAAUAUCGCCGCUGACCGGCAGCAAGUCGACAACCAUGAAGCACACAUGAAAGAGUUGCAGCAGGAAGGCAAAAAGAAGGGAGAGAAGGGGGAAAUAUAG